CGGUCAGCGUUGGCCAGCUUCGUUAGGAAUGCAGUCCAAUCAUGUUCUCGCUGCGAUUCUAACGAUUCUCUUUGUCAACAACUGUGCCGUCGGAAAACAGCCGAGGAAAGGCCGCAAUGCUACGCAACUCCUUUCGAUGGCAGGAGUGCCCAAGUUUAUCCUGACACAGAAAACAAAAGGAGCAAAUUUUCUAGGAUACACGGCCAGCUCGAAGUGCUUGAGCAUAGAAUUGCUCGGAGGGACGGAUGUGUAUACCGCUUUUCUGGACUAUCUCAUUGACGAGACAUGGUUUACAGAUUUGCUUACUGCAAGUACAAAUCGUUCCCAAAUGAACUUCACAUCAGUAGACGCUGACAAUGGAACACUAUUCGUUCCAACGACGCCAGUUUACAGACUUGUCGAUACUGAUUAUACUAACUGCUUCGUUCUGAUCUCAAGAAAACCUAGAACGAAAGCCUCUUGCGUCAACGUCACUAUCAACAAUAUCCUCAACAUCAGCACCUGCCUGGGCAGCAACCUGAAUUACUGCACCGGCAGCACAUCAGCAAGUGGCUUGGUGACAGGACUCGUCAGAGUGCUCACUUGUGUCCUACAAGGAAUCUACAACUACGGAUCCCCACAGGGCGUUGUCAACGCACUUGGACCUCUACUCUCACUCAUAGUCAGCCGCCUUUCACUCCCCUCCGUCAACCUUCCUGUCUUGGGCAACACCAGCAACGUCAACUUCCUCACCAGGAAUGACACCUGUCAAGGUCCAUUAACCAUCCAGCUUCCCGGCCUUCAAAACGUUAGCAGUUGCCUUGGAAACACCGCAAACAUCUGCACAGCCGGAUCCACGACCACCACCGCUCAGGUUACGCAGUUGGUGCAAACCUUGACUUGUCUCCUGAGCCAGAUCCCGCUUGACCAGUUCAGGCAGGUCAUCAUGGGCAUCGGCUGUCAGCUGAUCACGAUACUGAGCGCGCUUGCGAGGGAUGCUUCACUGGGCCUCACUCUGCAGACAGCCCUCGGAUCAUUCAGCACAGCUCUCCGCCUCAUUGUACCAACCUGUUCGACCACUGGCUGAAAAGGCAACGUUGCCCGGACACCAACGUAGAAGCGGUGUGAAUAUUGAAUUCUAACUGCGCCUACUAAUGGCUGACAUCUAUGUAAUGAAGGAUUGGCCGUUCUCAAUAAAUGAAGCAUUAAAAUGAC